AUGAGUCACCGCUAUUUGCUUGCUGCCCUUGGGGACAACUCCUCUCCUAGUGCCAAAAACAUUAAGAAGAUACUAGACAGCGUGGGCAUCGAGGUGGAUGAUGACCGGCUCAACAAGGUCAUCAGUGAGCUGAAUGGAAAAAACACUGAGGAUGUCGUCGCCCAGGGUGUUGGCAAACUUGCCAGUGUGCCUGCUGGUGGGGCUGUGGCUGUUUCUGCUGCCCCUGGCUCUGCAGCUCCUGCUGCUGGUUCUGCCCCUGCUGCAGCAGAGGAGAAGAAGAAGGAGAAGGAGGAGUCCGAGGAGUCAGAUGAUGACAUGGGAUUUGGCUUGUUUGACUAAAUUCCUGCUCCCCUGCA